AUGUUGUUUUCUACCGGCAGAUCUUUCCUGGCGCGGAUUUCCUUGGAUAUAUCCAGAAAUGCUAGACCAUCUGGACUGAUAGCUAAUUACUGCCAGGUGGCCACUGCCCUGCGUCCAAAGAAGGCGAAAUCGAACCGGAAAGAGUCGCAGUACUUCUCGGAUGCCAAGCGGAUCCGAGCCAUCGGCGGGAAAGGUGGCGACGGCUGCGUUUCCUUCCUGCAGCUGUGGUGCAAUGAGCGCGCCGGUCCGGAUGGCGGCGACGGUGGCCACGGUGGCCAUGUGGUUUUCCAGGCCUCCAACGAUGUGCGCAACUUCAACCACGUGGGCAGCGUGCUCAAGGCGGAGGAGGGGGAGAGGGGCGGCUCCAAGGAUUGCCAUGGCAAGAACGCCAAGCAUGCGGUGAUUAAGGUGCCCAUUGGAACGGUGAUCAGGAAUGCCCAGGGUCUAAUUGUCGGCGAUCUCGGGCAGGCGGACCUCAUGUUUGUGGCCGCUCGCGGUGGAGCCGGCGGCAAGGGCAAUCGCUUCUUUACCACCGACAAGGAAACGAGUCCCAAGGUCUGCGAAUACGGACCCACUGGCGAGGAUCUCUCCUACACCCUGGAGCUCCGCAGCAUGGCGGAUGUGGGCCUGAUUGGCUAUCCAAAUGCGGGCAAGAGCACCCUGCUGAAUGCCCUGACGCGGGCCAAGCCAAAGGUGGCUCCCUACGCCUUCACCACGCUGCGUCCUCAUCUGGGCACCGUGCAGUACGAUGAUCACGUUCAGCUGACCAUCGCAGAUCUUCCAGGACUCGUGCCCGAUGCCCAUUUGAACAAGGGAUUGGGCAUACAGUUCCUAAAGCACGCCGAACGAUGCAGCUUGUUACUAUUUCUCCUAGACGCCAGUGCCGCGGAGCCUUGGACGCACUACGAGCAGCUCAUGCACGAGUUGCGGAAGUUCGGAGGAAGCCUAGCCAGUCGCCCGCAACUGGUGGUGGCCAACAAACUGGAUGUGGCGGAGGGUCAAAGUAAUUUCGAGGAGCUGCAGCGCAGGCUAGAGAAUCCCGUGCUGGGCAUCAGCGCCAAGAUGGGUCACAAUCUGGGAGAGCUCCUUAAAAGCAUACGCAAAAGAUACGAUCAAGCUGCGUCUUAAGUUAAUUUCGUUUGUUAUUUAUAAAUUAAACUUUAAUCUUAUGAGCUAA